CAGCCCGGGAGGAUCCCGGUGUCCGGCGGGUCCCGGCGAUGCGGUGGCGGCUGCUGUGGCUGCUCAGCGCCGCCGCCUGCUGCUGCUGGGGCCUCGCCGCGGGCAAGACGCUUAGGGGCGGCUUCGCCAGCGCCGCCGCCCGCCGGGAGCCGUGGCGGCCCGUGGCGCGCUUCCAGUUCUACGGUGACCGUGCUGUUCUGUGUGUCAGAAUCAAGAAUAUAGCAGUAGCUGUGGCAAAAGCAGCUAGACUUCAUCUCUUUCAAGCACAGGAAUGGCAGAAGCUGGAGAACAGUGUCCAAGAACACAGCUGUACAGAGAAGUUCUCUAAAGCUCAGCUGACAAUGACUGUGAACCACACAGAGCAAAAUCUGACAGUGUCCCAGAUUCCUUAUCCGGAAACAUGGUAUGUGUUUUAUGUAGACAAGUUUACCUGCGAGGAGAAUUAUUCUGAAUCCGAGGAUAUUCAGUUUGAAAUGGUCUUACUAAACCCAGAUGCAGAAGGGAAUCCAUUAGAUCACUUUAGCGCAGGGGAAUCUGGACUACAUGAAUUCUUUUUCCUGCUUGUCCUAGCAUACUUCAUAACUGCUUGCAUAUAUGCACAAUCUCUGUGGCAAACAAUUAGGAAGCAUGGACCUAUGCAUGGUGUAUUAAAGGUGUUGACAAUUUCAUUACUGUUGCAGGCUGGUUCAGCUGUUGCCAACUACCUGCAUUUCUCAAGCUAUUCUAGAGAUGGGAUAGGAGCUCCUUUUAUGGGAAGUCUGGCAGAAUUGUGUGACAUAAUCUCACAGAUACAAAUGCUGUAUUUAUUGUUGAGUCUGUGCAUGGGUUGGACAAUAGGCAGAAUGAAGAAAUCUCAUGGCAGACCUCUUCAGUGGGAUUCCAGUCCAGCAUCUACCGGCAUUGCUGUAGUAGUUGUUGUUACACAGAGCAUUUUGUUAAUUUGGGAACAGUUUGAAGAUACAAAUCACCACAGCUACCAUUCGCACCACGGCUUGGCAAGCGGGCUGCUCAUCGGCCUCAGAGUCUGCCUCGCUCUGUCCCUGGCUGCUGGGCUGUACCAGAUUAUCACAGUGGAGAGAAGCACGCUGAAAAGGGAGUUCUAUAUCACCUUUGCCAAAGCCUGCAUUCUCUGGUUUCUGUGCCACCCAUGUCUUGCAACCAUUGCUGUAAUAUUCAGAGAAUAUCAAAGAGAAAAGAUUGUCACCAUAGGUGUUAUCCUCUGUCAGUGCAUCUCCAUGGUUAUCCUCUACAGACUUUUUCUAUCUCAUAGUCUAUAUUGGGAAGUAUCUUCACUGUCAUCAGUGACAUUGCCACUAACAGUAUCCUCUGGACAUAAAAAUCGACAUCACUUCUGAGAUGUUUAGGAGGAAUAUAUUAUGUAAUAAAUGUGCAAUAAUGACUUGAA